UGUCUCUUUAAAAGGCUGUAUCCUCUUGUCCCUAAGCUUUUGAGAAGGACUAUGGCCAUUUUUUCGGUCCUCGUCUUUCUUCUCUUCCCCUUAAUCUGAUUGACUUUAACCACCCUCGUACCGAUUUAAGAAUUAAAAGGACGGCAAGAUGGCUGAGAUGGGCAAAGGAGUCACGGCAGGGAAAAUAGCCAGCAACAUGCAGAAGAAGCUCACCAGGGCCCAAGAGAAGGUCCUCCAGAAACUUGGCAAAGCGGAUGAAACAAAAGAUGAGCAAUUUGAACAGUGUGUGCAAAACUUUAACAAACAGCUGUCAGAAGGAUCCAAGCUACAGAAGGAUCUCCGGACCUACCUGACUUCAGUUAAAGCAAUGCAUGAAGCCUCCAAGAGACUUACAGAAUGUUUGCAAGAAGUAUAUGAACCUGAGUGGCCAGGAAGGGAUGAUACUAACAAAAUAGCAGAGAACAAUGAGCUGCUUUGGACAGACUUCCAUCAGAAACUGGUAGAUCAAGCACUGCUGACUAUGGACACCUAUCUUGGCCAGUUCCCAGACAUAAAGUCUCGCAUUGCUAAACGGGGAAGGAAACUUGUAGACUAUGACAGUGCCAGGCAUCAUUAUGAAUCUCUUCAAACUGCAAAGAAGAAAGAUGAGGCUAAAAUUGCCAAGCCUGUCUCGUUGCUUGAGAAAGCUGCGCCUCAGUGGUGUCAAGGGAAGCUACAAGCGCAUCUCGUAGCUCAGACUAACCUGCUGCGGAAUCAGGCUGAAGAAGAAUUAGUAAAAGCCCAGAAAGUAUUUGAAGAGAUGAACAUUGAUCUUCAGGAAGAACUGCCUUCACUAUGGAAUAGUCGUGUUGGUUUCUAUGUCAACACAUUCCAGAGUAUUGCUGGCUUAGAAGAGAAUUUUCAUAAGGAAAUGGGCAAGUUAAACCAAAACCUGAAUGAUGUCCUUGUGACUCUAGAGAAAGAACAUGCAACAAGCACCUAUCCUGUUAAAGCUCAGCCAAGUGACAGCACAAAAGCAAACAAAACUCCUUCAUCUCCACCUGAUGGGACUCCCAUUACCAGCCCUGAAAUCAAGGCCGUCAACCAUGAACCAGAGCCAUCUACUCUGGAAGCUCCUGGAGGAGGUAUCCCCAAGUCUCCUUCUCAG